CCUUAGUCGAUCAUCACUAUAAACGUUCAUUAACCUUAUCUACAUAUCUUAUUUAGAUAUUACAGUAUUUCGAAACAUCCCAAAUAAUACUAAUUUUGAUUAAUAAUUUUUCAAGUUAAUUUAUUGCAUAAAACGCCAGUAAGUAUAACUAUAGUGAAAUAUAUGUUUGUAUUCGAAAUUUAAAACUCCAGACUGCCCUCAAUGUUGCGCACCUUGACUAAUAACCUUAUAAAAUGCCGGCGCUCUAUUACUGCUGAUUCAUUUGUUAGCAAAUAUUGCUCCUUUUCUUCAAGAACAAAUCAGUCUAAAACAACAACACAGGCAAAAGUAGUUAGCGAAAUGGCUGCAAUUGAUAAGUCAAAUUAUUUAUUGCCAAAUAAUCAAAGAUUUGUAGAAUUAGACAGUUCACAGGCUUUUAAUAAUUUGACAAAACAAGAAAAGUUAUAUGCACAUUAUUUGAGUCAGGCGGCAUGGAAUGGUGGACUCAUAGUACUUAUGCAGACAAGUCCAGAAUCUCCAAGAAUCUUUUCUUUAUUGCAUAGAAUUUUUAUUGGGGAAUCACUGGAGAAUUUGAAAGUGUCUGCUUUAAAAGCUGGAGUUAGUGAAGAUGAUUUUCAGGCAUUCCUUGUUUACGCUGGUGGUCUGUUCGCUAAUAGUGGUAACUAUAAAGGCUUCGGGGAUACAAAGUUCAUUCCAAAUUUAUCUAAAGAAUCUUUUGAAAAAAUUGUGAAGGCUUCUAAAGCGUAUGAGAAUGAUACGACGCAUAUCACUAAGUUAUGGCAGAACACACAAAAUGCUAUUUAUAGUUUAACACCUAGACUUACUAGUCUGGGCUUGGCUGAUAAGGGUAUUACAACAUAUUUUUCAAGUAAUUGCUCUGAAGCAGACUCGAAUUUGGUGAAUGACUGGAUGAAGACCAAGCGUCUGGAAGCAUAUAUUUGUCGUACAUUCAAGACUAUUGCAGAUGACGGAUUACCGCUGUAUACAAUUCACUUGGCUAGUGUAGAAACAACAUCGAAACCGCAAUUGACUAUGGAUAAGGAAAAAUACAAAAACGCAUAUUUCCAAGUGACGCGCGGAGACUACUCGCCUUUGCUGAAGUUGGUCAAUGAAAAUUUGGCCAAAGCUCAACAGUACGCCGCUAACGAUAACGAGAAGAACAUGCUCAAACAUUACAUACAGAGUUUUAAGGAAGGCGAUUUGGAACAGCACAAAGAAGGCAGCAGAUUCUGGAUCAAAGACAAGGGUCCUAUUAUUGAAACUUACCAAGGCUUCAUAGAAACCUACCGAGACCCGAGCGGACAGCGUGGUGAAUUCGAAGGCUUUGUGUCCAUGGUCAAUAAAGAGAUGUCAAAGAAGUUUGGAACUUUAGUUAAUGGAGCGGAGCGAUUUAUUAAACUGCUUCCGUGGGGCGAAGAUUUGGAAAAAGACACUUUCCUGAGACCAGACUUCACCAGUUUGGAUGUGCUCACCUUCUCUGGAAGUGGAAUACCAGCCGGAAUUAAUAUUCCAAACUAUGACGAGAUUCGUCAGAACGAAGGUUUCAAAAACGUGUCCCUGGGGAAUGUGAUCCCAGCCGCAUACAAGGAAGCCAUUAUACCGUUCUUGUCUGAAGCAGACAAACAACUGCUCGAAAAAUACAGGGUCGCCGCUUUUGAGGUGCAAGUGGGGUUGCACGAGUUACUGGGCCACGGCAGCGGCAAGCUGUUGCGACAGAAUGCGGACGGCACUUUCAACUUCGAUCAGAAGAAAGUCAAGAAUCCACUCACUGGUAAAUUAAUAGAAACUUGGUACACCGAAGGUGAGACAUAUGACAGCAAGUUCACCACACUGGGGUCUGCAUUUGAGGAGUGCCGCGCGGAAGCUGUCGGCUUAUAUCUUUCAUUAGAGCCAGAGAUUUUGAAAAUCUUUGGGUAUGAAGGCCAAGAAGCGCAAGAUGUAACAUACAUAAACUGGUUAAGCUUAUUAUGGAACGGCGCUGCGAAGGCGACGGAAAUGUAUCAACCUUCCACCAAGACUUGGUUACAGGCGCACGCGCGAGCACGUUUCGUUCUCAUGCGGCUUCUGGAAUUGGAAGGCAACGGGGUCCUCACCAUAACAGAAUCGGAACCUGGCAAGAACUUACUUGUUACAUUGCAAAAAGAGCGUCUAGCUACUGAUGGAAAGAAAAUUAUCGGUGACUUCCUGGUGAAGCUGCAGACGAUAAAGGCGACGGGUGACGCAGUGGCCGGCGAGCAGCUGUUCUACAAAUACAGCCGCCUCGACGGAGAGUGGGCCCGCUGGCGCGACAUCGUCAUGCUACAUAAGCAACCGCGCAAUAUCUUCGUACAGCCCAAUACUAUUCAUAAGGAUGACAGCGUAGAACUAAAACGUUAUCCGGCGAGCGCGGAAGGCAUGAUCGCAUCGUGGGUGGAACGAUUCCCACGCACUGCGGUCGACGACGUACUGGAGCAACUGGCGGAGGCCGAUUCCAAAUAUUACGCGGACCUACAGGCACUUGCAGCGGCAUAAAUUAUAACUGAUUUUUUCUAAUAUACUGAUUGUAUGCAAAA